UGGAAGGUAGAUGCUUAACCAACUGAGCCACCCAGGCGUCCCCUGGGUCUCACGUUUAUAUCCGGCAGGAGCCUUUGUCCUGUUCCUUCAUUUUUUUUGCUCGCGUAUUUAUCCUUUUGUUUAAUAUGUACUGCAUACGCCAGCCUCCUGGAUGUCGCUCUGGGCGCCUGGAGGGGACCAGGCACGGUGGGAAGAUGCCUCCUUCCCAUGCCUGGGGGACCCCACGUGAGCGGGGCUGGCUCGCUGACCACCACCGGCCACCACGCAGCGGGCUGUCACGGGGCUGGGGGUGCUGCUGAGCCCACGGGGGCCCUGACGCAGUGCGGGGGAGCAAGAGAAGGACCAAAGCAGAGCGAAGCAGCCCACAGUCAUCACGCCUGUGAGACACACCUCGCCGUUUCAAAGCCGACGAAACCACGGCCCGGGGGUGGAGCCCUUUGCCCAGGGACCCGCAGCAGAGGGGACAAGUGCUUAUCAGUUGCUUCACAGGUGAUGGGAUCUUUGAGGGUCUCCUGCAUCCUCACUAGCCCUGUGCCUGGUGACACCGGACCAGCCUUGCCAGGAUGGUCACUUUUCAGGAGAAGUUAAAGUUCAAAAUGCCCUUUCAAGUUGAAGUCCAGAAGAACUGGUGUCCAAGUGCUCAAGUGCUUUGGACAACCCUGACCACCAAUUCCUCUUUUGGUUUGGAGUCUCGCUGGCGCCUGCCUCCUGCAGCUACAGGCUGGAGAGUCUUGCUGAGGCUCCUCUGGGAUACAAAGCAGAAUCCUUCCCUUUCCAUCUCUCCCUCCGGGCACAGCAGGAGGUCCAGCACCAUUAGCACCUCCUGGGAACAGGCUUCUUCGAGUUGGUCCAGGAGGGGCAGUUCCUGGAGGCCUACCAGAGCAUCUCGACGUUGGCGGAGGAAGGGCAGGACUGUGGCCCCCAGUACCAGGCUGUGGCCCAGAGCAUGUGGCAGGUCGUCCAGCAGGCUCUGGAGGGCACUGGGCCCAGCCAGGAGCUGGAGCUGAAGCUCCAGGCAGUGCUGACCACUGUGGGGUGGACACAGGACAAGCACCAGAGCCGAGAGGCUGGUGCUCUCCAGGACGGUGGAGUUGCCCCGUGGGCUGGUCAGCUGGAGAAGCUGCUGAGAAAUGAUGCUGAGGCCCGAGUGCCCACCCUGGGCCCCAAGGACCAGCCGGACCCAUACCUGGAGAAGCUAGACAAGGCUGUGAGACAGGGCCUGGGGUCCUCGCGGGCUAGCCGGUUGGGGACCUGCCUCUGGGGGUUCUAUAGGACAUACUUCCAGGAGGUGCUCCUCAGCCGCCUCUCCGAGCUCACGCGCUCCUGCGGCACCAACUUGAAAAGCUCUCAGGUCCUGUACACCUGGGGCAAGACGAACUUGUUUGGGCGUCCGGGGGAGACACUUGCAAAAGCACCUCUGACCUCUCAGCAGCCCACGGUCGGGCACCUCUUGGACCCCGUAAUGUUUGUUACCUGGAUGUCCCAAAUGCAGAAGAAGCUGGUGGGGCUGAUCCAGCUGCUGGAAGAAAGCAUGAAUGCAGUACAACCCAUGGGACUACCUAUCACUAGCCAGGUGCAAGCGAUGGUUCUGGAAACAUUUUCAGAGUUUCUGAAAAGGUACCAGGCGGAGGCUGUCCACUUCCUCCAGCAGAACGCCGCCGCCGGGGCCUUCCCCGAGGUGCACGUGCUGGCAAACUGCUGCAUCCUCAGGGAAACGUGGCGGGAGCUGAGCCAGGAACACGUUCAGCUGCCAGCCCUGGGCCCUGCUGUGCAAGGCACCAUCCAUGUCAUUGAGGACCACGGCCGGGACCACCUCCUGCCUAGAGUCAGAACCUUGUGCCAGAGUCAGCUGAGGGACCACUUCAGGAAGAAGGACAAGGAUCUGGUUCGAGCUCUGCAGUGCCUGUGGCAAGGCCUGGAGGGCUGCCCCAACAUGCACUCCACUCCUGUGUACGAGGACCUCGGCUUGGCCAACCUACAGGAGCCCAUCAUGGGGAUCUUCGAGUCCAGCGAGAACAAGAGCAGGGAGACUGUGGAUGACUGGCUGGCCUCCUUCAGGGACAGAUUCCCAGGUUAUUUGAGCAUGCAGGACCAGCCAUGCUGCUCUGUGGACUUGGAGGAGGAGAUUGAGGUCAAGGGAAGCUCCUGCCGCUGCUGCUGAUGAUACCCCCAGCUCUGGACAAGUAAAAUCUGUUGGCCUGUCUUGCACUUUUAACGGCUCUUCUACCCAUAUGUGAAUUUGUGGCAUCGAGUGUUCGUCACCUGGCAAAUACCCCAGUUCAGAGUGAUGCGGAUCCAGAUGUUGGCACGUUUUAGCACACCUUAUCCAAAAAGCACCGUUGUCUACACUGCCGUCAGCUUCAUCAGGAGAGUCUGUAGCUGUUGGGAAUCCCAGGCUCACAGAGGAAGACACAGGUUUUCCAGAAUCCUGAUUUUUUGCUUGAAGGCUCAAAUUUUUAUCAUUGACAACAAAUACUGUCCAUUGUUUACUUUGAAGCAGCCAGCUCACAUCAUCCAUUCUCAAGAAAAUGCCGUCAACAACUGAAUAGUCUGUCCGUUGGUCAUUCUUUCAAGUAAAAGUGGUAUUUUAGGGACGCCUGGGUGGCUCAGUCGGUGAAGCAUCUGCCUUCAG